AUGCAUUUGAACAAGACAACGCUACUCUUGCUCGUCCUAACCGUCAGCGCUGGAUGUGUUCUGGCCAAGCCGGAGCCAAACCUCCUUGAGGGGCUCCUGAAGAACUCCACCAGUCAGUUCGCCCAGGAUGCUGCCAAUUUUGGAGAACAGCUCGCCCAAGCUCUCCACAAGGCUUUCGCUGAUGCACUCUCAGACUUCUCCUCGAAUGUGCAGGCUGCGCUGCAGAAUCUGCGUGGUGUUAUACGGAAUGUGUCCGACCGAGUUAAGCGCAACGCCCUGCAAGAGGCCCUAAAAACUCUCGAAAGAAUCAGUGCCUCGGCCGUAGAGCUGGAGGCCUCGAUUGCCGAAAUAACGAGCAGCUGGAAGAGCAGAGGCAAAACUGGAGCGCUUCGCGCCGAGGCCGAAGACAUCAUCAACGAGUUGCAGAAUCGCUAUACGGCCUAUCUGCACAGCUGCCUGGAGGAGUUGCAAGCUCGCCAGGGCCAGUACGAGCAGAAGGUCCACGAAACCAUCACCCAGUUCCAAAACGCCACCAAUGAUCUGCUUGGACAAAUCAACAUCUGCCUGAAUCGCACUUCCGAAAGCAUCUCAUGCCACAGGGGCAUCAAUAAGGCCAUCGACCAGCUAAGGGAUGCACCCAGAGCACUACUCAGCCUAAAGCUGCAGGGCUUGCAACUACUGGGCGUGGGUCUCGAUGCCAGUAGCUGUGUAGGCCAGACCGUGGCCGAAUAUGCUCUUGAAAAGCCCAGUGUGCAGCGCCAGCUGGAGGAGAUCAUUGAGCGCUAUCGGGAAGCUUCCUCCGAUAAGAGCUCUUCUUCCGAAGACAGCUCUUCCUCCGAUGAGAGCUCUUCCUCCGACAAGGACUCUUCUUCCGACGGGAGCUCUUCCUCCGACGAGGAUUCUUCCGAAAGGAGCUCUACCUCUGAAGAUGACACUUCCACCGAAGUGGUAACAACCACUACAUAA